AUGGCACUCUCAGGACUUCUGCCGAUCCUAGUACCGUUCAUCCUCCUGGAGGGCAUCCAGGGACCUGGGCUGGUUGAAGGGCUCUUCAUCAAAAAUUGUCCCAAAGUUAGAAUAAAAUGCGAAAUUGAAGAAAGGAGCCAGUGUAUCAAGCACAGACAUUGCCCGGAACAGAUGAAGUGUUGCCUGUUUAGCUGUGGAAAGAAAUGUUUAGACCUCAGAAAAGACAUAUGCGGUUUGCCACAGAAGGUUGGCCCCUGCCUGGCCUACAUUCCACGCUGGUGGUAUAAUAAAGAAACUGAGCGCUGCUCCGAAUUCAUCUACGGCGGUUGCCAAGGGAAUAAUAACAACUUCCAAUCUGAAGCUAUCUGCAUGGUCACCUGCCAAGAAAAAUGUAAGUCCCAGGGGCCCAAGUCUCCUGUGCUCACCACGGCCACAUGGAGAGGUCUGGGUGUUGGCCGGUCUGUUCCAAGGCCUUGA